CCAUAAAAAGGGCCAGAAUCUGGCGCCAGGAGUGACGCUGCAAGGAGGCUGUUUCGGUAGUCGGCGGAGGGGGCUGCUCCUGGUGUUUCUUGACUGGUGGGAGGAGGGGCAUGCUGAGGGUGGUGCUCCUUUCCUGGUGAGGACCACCACCCACGACCAUCCGUACGACGGCAGUCAGAGUCGUCGUACGACGGUCCGACCAUGGACGUCCGAUGCAGCCAGGUCUCGGCCGCCGUCGGUCUUCGUGACCAUGUAUGUCUGGCCAUCCACGUGGCGAGACCUUAUUGCACCAUGUCGACGACCAGUCUGCCGUGCCGACGACCGGUCUCCACGUCCUCAUUGCCCGCGAGUGAAGGUGUCCCACUGGUCAUGUCCGCCCCGAUCGAAAUUCGAACGCGAAAUGGGGUUGAGUCUUCCUCGAUUCUCACCCCGUCUGUUCGGUCAUCGUCAGCACCAACUCUGAUGAUCUAUGGCCAUGGCCAUGGCCAUGGCCUCUAUAGUGCGCCUCUGGUGAGGAUGAGGAGCUGCAGGAGCAGGCGGGUGACAGGCAUCUGUUCAUUAUUCAACCACGUGGCCAAAGGUAUGCCACGUGGUAGCUUGGUACCUCGUGCUGCUGAACCCGACGUCGACGUUUGGUUGAUCCGGCAAAUCCAGAGCUCAACACCAGCUCGCCUAAUGAUGCUGCCACGUGGCUCUCCGUCGAUGACUACCGGUAGAUUGCGCACUCAUGCACACGGGAUUGCGCAACGGCCAUGUGGCAGAUGGUUGAGCGAGUCUGGGCCUAGGACUCGGGCAUCGUGGAUGGGAGGGCAGAGGAGUGUGACACGACGAGCACUGGCACGCGGCAGGGUGGUUGUCGUCUGCAGGGCAGGCGGUGCCAAGUGGUCUUCAGAUCGCUCCCCCUACGAGACUCUCGACAUCCCGGGGGAUGCAUCUGAGGACGACAUCAAAUUGGCCUAUCGGAAGCUAGCAAAGAAAUAUCAUCCUGAUGUGCCACGUCAGCAGUGCCAUGUCAGCCACAGUGCCACGUCGACAGUGCCACAUCAGCAGUGCCACGUAAGCAGUGCGACGUCAGCCACAGUGCCACAUCAGCAGUGCCACGUCAGCCACAGUGCCACGUCAGCAGUGCCACGUCAGCCACAGUGCCAUGUCAGCAGUGCCACGUCAACCCAGUGCCACGUCAGCACGGGUUCAGCAAUGGGCCUUCCAGGCCAACUGGCCAACGAGUCCAUUGCUGACUGCAAACAGCGUUUCCAGGCUCAGCUCGCUUUCAUCGAGGCUGAGGAACAACGCCAGCUGGCAGCCGAGGCUGCCCGCCUACAGGCUGAAGCAGCGGAAACAGCAGAGAAGCUGCGGCUACAGGUCGAAGCAGACGCAGAUGCCCAGGCUCGCCGCAAGGAAGCCCAGGAUCUGUUGCAGCGACAUGAAGCCAACAGCAUCAACAGACUCAAGUUCUGGCAUUUUGAACCGAACGGCGACGACGCAACACCGGAAGAGCAGCAUAAGGAGUUCCUCUCCAAACUCGUGACACGGUUGUUGUAUGCUUGCAACUACCAACGGUCCGAGUUAGAGAGACAGACCCAGGAACUGCAGCAACAGUACCAGGAUCUGAAGACACAGCACCAGGAGUUGGCGAACCUCCGCCGGAUAGUGCAAAGCCACGAGGAUGCAACACGGGCACUCAAUUCCCGUGUACUGGACCUGGAACAGGCUGUACCAGGACCAGAUGCUGGGGCUUCCAGCAGUGCACCCUCUAGCCGCCAACUGGAGGAACGCGUUGACCACGUAGUGGCAAUGCUCGGCGACAUCAGCACCUUCGCGGCGCCAACCACCAUCAGCAGCCAGCUGGACACGUUGAAGACCGAGAUCCAGCAACUGCAGUCGACGAACUCGAAUGGCAAUCCAAAGCUGUACAAGAUGCCAACUUUCCAACUGGAGAAGUUCGACGACUACACACAUCAGGAUCCGGUCCUCUGGUGGGAAGCGUUCACAACGCAACUUCGGAUUCUGCCUGUCGCCAAGCAUGCGUACAUCAGUGCCUUGUUUCUUAACUCAAAGGGAGCAUGCCAGACCUGGUUGAUCCGCCUGGCAGCCACCCAAGGCGUCGACAUCGCAGAUCUCAAAGACAAGAUCACAUGGGAAGAGUUGACACGGCUGUGGAAGAAGCGGUUCAUCGUUGACGACGCACCAGCACUCGCCAUCAACCGUCUCAUCACCAUGUCUCAAGGCAACACCGCAACACGUGACUGGCUCACGGAAUGGCAGAAGAUCGCGGCAGUGCCCGAUCUGGACUUACCAUUCACGCAUCUACACCGUGAGUUCUACAACAGGUCAUGCGCUGCGCUGAUCCAGGCACUUGGUGAUCGCGAGCAAUAUGCAACUUCCGCCGAGAUCAUUGACAAGGCGAGAGAGAUCAUCAAGACCAACAGGGCAGCUGCACACGAGAAGUCAACGUGGCAGCCGACCUAUGUGGAGAAGCACCAAGCACAAGACCUCCCUUUGCCAGGAUCAGGCCAAGGAGGAAGAGCGACCCCGUCUCAACUCGGGAAAUUGAGUUUCGCGGGAGGUGAGGCGACUCCACCUUCCACUUCGCCAGAUUCGUCCGCCUUGCUAGCGGCCUCCUGCACAUCUGGGGAGGAUGCAAAUGUCGUAAGUUCUCGGUACACUUACGAGGACUAUGCUGUCCACUUGGUUCCACCGCUGGACCAACUGCUCCACGUGCAACAAUCAACCGCAUGCACGGUUUCAUCACCAUCGACAAACGAUUCGGCAGCUUCGCCGCCAUCUAUCGUCGGGGAUUCGACGUCAUGGUCAAGACUUGAAGAGCUCGACCCGUUGACGUUCGCGGACUUCCAAUGGAUGCCCGUUCCCCCGUCCGGUCGAUUGCCGAAACCGCAUUGCAACGUGCUCAUGGCACAAUUGCGGGAUUACUUGCACACUGCAGUACCGACUCCGUUGAUGGACGCCAGAGUAGAGGUUGUCGACCUUCACGCCUACAUUGCGAAGAUCGACCGCGAGUUCAAGACGCAACGGUACGACGACAUCGACGCACCGUUGCUAUAUGUACGCAUUCAGAUCGGAGAAGCGACCUGCAGCGCUUUGAUCGAUUGCGGAGCAUCUCGCAACUACAUCAGCCAGGACUUCAUGGUACGCGCCGGCCUUGGCCCACGCGUCCGAAGGAAGCCCCAGCCUACGCAAGUCACGUUGGCAGACGGUCACACGCACAAGUCAAUCGACCGGUGCAUUGAUGACGUCCCAGUGUACUUUGCCCCUCACGCAAGUGAGGCGGUGUCCUUUGACAUUCUGGACACCAAAUUUGACAUGAUCUUGGGCAUGUCAUGGCUGCGAAGCGAGGAUCACCCGGUGAACAUCUAUAACCGCACCGUUCACAAUCGUGAUCGGAACGGAAUACUAGUCCCAUGUACGGUGCCUCUUCCUCAUCCUUCGAUCAGCUGCCACGUGGUCUCUGCCGCAAGCAUGCGAGCAUCCAUCAUCAGAGACGACAUCGAGGAGAUGGGGGUGUGUUUUCUCCACGCCCUCCCGCCCCAUGACGCUUCAUCGACGGACUCUUCUUCGGAUCCACGCAUCACCGAACUUCUCGACGCCUACAGCGACGUGUUCGAAGGCCCGCACGGAGUAGUACCGGAUCAGCCCAUCCGCCACGAGAUCAUCCUCAAGGACGGGGCCGUACAUCCGUGCGGUUGCAUCUACCGAAUGAGCGAAGAAGAGUUAAAUGUGCUUCGGGCACAACUCGACGACCUUAUGGAGAAAGGCUGGAUUCGGCCUAGCUCAUCGCCAUACGGUGCUCCUGUUCUCUUCGUCCGGAAGAAGAACAAGGAUUUGCGGUUCUGCAUUGAUUAUCGCAAGCUCAAUGCGCAGACGAUCAGAAACGCCCGCCCUCUCCCACGCAUCAACGACCUUCUCGAACGACUGGGCGGCGCCAAGUUCUUCUCCAAGUUGGACCUCAAGUCGGGAUAUCACCAACUCGAGAUUCGAAAGGAGGACCGCUACAAGACCGCGUUUAAGACGCGAUAUGGGCAUUUCGAAUGGCUGGUUAUGCCAUUUGGCCUUACGAAUGCCCCGACCACUUUCCAAGCGGCUAUGACAACGGAGUUCCGACACAUGCUGGAUCGAUUCGUACUUAUCUACCUCGACGACAUCCUGGUGUACAACCGGAGUUUGGACGAGCAUGUGGAACACCUGCGCACCGUUUUGGAGCGGCUACGACAAGCCAAGUACAAAGCCAACCGCGACAAAUGCGAAUUCGNNCGGCAGGAGCUGGAGUACUUGGGACAUUAUGUGAUGCUGCAAGGCAUCCGUCCGCUUGCAGACAAGAUCGAGGCCCUCCGCGUAUGGCCCGAGCCCACCAACACCCGGGCGUUCAUUCAUUCAUGGGGUUGGCGGGCUACUAUCAGCGAUUCAUCACCGGAUACUCAAGGAUUGCUGCACCUAUGACGAGAUUACAAUUGCCAAAG